GUGAAAAAUACGAAAAAGAAAGAAUUGAAACAUCUCAAUCACCAGGAGAAACAACCAUCGAUUUAAAUGAAUUAAUUGAAGAAACUGAAUCAACCGAAUUAAAUGAGUUAACUGAAAUAACUGAAAAAUUAAAUACCAAAAAAUUAAAACUUUGUAAAACCACAGCCACCGAAAUAACAUCUCAAGAAUGUGUAGCAAAAAAAAUUGAAGAAACGCUCUCAACAUCAUUAAAACCCGCAACAAUCCAAUCAGCAGCAGCAUUCCGAAAUAAAUCAACAUCCGAAUAUAAACCAAUAAACGAUACAACCGAUCAAUUAAAAUUAUGGGAUAACACAUUAUCCCCUGAAGAACUCCGCCAAAUACAAAGCAGAAAUAUGAUGAAAUACAUGGACGUAUCAGUAAAUCCUUGCCAAGAUUUUUAUCAAUACGCUUGCGGAAAUUGGUACAAAUACCAUCCGAUACCACCAGAUCACGGUGGUUUCGACACUUUUGAAAUGUUACGUGAAGACUUAGAUUUACACCUAAAAAAAUUAUUAGAAGAAGAUAACGAAAGCGAUGAUAAAAAUGUUGAUGAUAAAAUUAUUUUACAACUUUAUAAUUUUAAUCAAACGAAUCAAACGGUUCCCUCGCCGUAUUUCGAAGAGGUGUUAAAUACCAUUAAAACGGAAUUUAUCGAUCCGAUUCGUAAAGCGAAAAAUUUAUAUUCGUCUUGUAUGAAAGAGCAUCUUAUUGAUGUGAGAGGUGAAAAGCCGCUUUUACACCUUAUAACGGAGUUGCGUGGUUGGCCCAUUUUAGAAACUGAUUGGGAUGCUUCUAGUUUUGAUUUAGUUUGGCUUCUUGGCCAAUUAAGACUUUAUAAUAAUGAUUUGUUAAUAUCGGAAUGGAUCGGGCCCGAUAUAAAGAAUUCCGACGAAUACGUUAUUCAAUUAGAUCAAACGUCUUUGGGUUUACCAUCGAGGGAAUAUUUUUUAUCUGAAACAUCUAGAGAAUAUAUCGAAGCUUAUCACCAAUUUAUGUUGGAUACGGUUUAUAUAAUGGGCGCACCUGAAGAAGAAGCUGUAGAUGACGUUAAAGAAAUUAUUGAUUUUGAGUGUAAAUUAGCUCUGAUAACAGCUGAUCCUGAAGAUAGACGUAAUUUAACUAGUAUUUAUGCACGAUUAUCUUUGGGGGAAUUACAAGUUUUUUUACCACAAUUUGAUUGGAUACGCUACUUUGAAAUGAUCGCAGAAAAAGAUAUCCCACCAACAACACCAAUUGUAUGUUAUUGUAUGGGUUAUUUACAAGAUUUAGUUAAUUUAAUAAGUUCAACUCGAUCGAGAACUUUAGCGAAUUAUUUAUUAUGGAGAUUUGUAAGACAUCGCGUAAAUAAUUUAGACGAACGAUUCCAAAAUGCAAAACAAAAAUUUUAUCAUUUAUUAUUUGGUAGAGAAGCGUCACCACCUCGUUGGCAAUUUUGUGUGGCUCAGGUUAAUUCAAACUUGGGUAUGGCAUUGGGUAAUUUAUUUGUCACAUCACAUUUCGACGAGAAAAGCAAAAACGACACGAUACUGAUGACUAGACAACUCGAGGGUGCUUUUAAAAAUAUUCUGAUGUUAUCCGAUUGGUUGGACGACUCGACGCGAUCGAUAGCCAUCGCAAAAGUAGACGCUAUGAGACUCAGAAUUGGUUAUCCAGAUAUAAUACUUAACAAGCAAUUAUUAUUAGAACGCUAUAAAGAUAUAAAAGUCCACCCCGAUUAUUAUUUCGAAAAUAAUCUUAGCAUUUUAAGACAUCUAACCAGAAAUGAACAUCAAAAAAUUGGCAAAAUGGUCGAUAAAAAUAUGUGGAAUACAGCCCCCGCUGUUGUUAAUGCUUAUUAUAGUAGAAAUAAAAAUCAAAUUAUGUUCCCAGCUGGAAUUCUACAACCACCUUUUUACCAUCAACAUUUUCCAAAAGCCCUUAAUUAUGGUGGUAUUGGUGUUGUUAUAGGACACGAAAUAACGCACGGUUUUGAUGAUAAAGGUCGAUUAUUUGACAAAGAUGGUAACUUAAAUACGUGGUGGUCAGAUGAAUCAACAGCGAAAUUCCGCGAUAAAGCUAAAUGUAUUGUAGAUCAAUACAAUUCCUUCGUUGUACCUGAAGUUAACGCUCCGUUAGAUGGAAUGACCACUCAGGGUGAAAAUAUUGCCGAUAACGGUGGGAUUAAACAAGCUUUCCAAGCUUACCAAGCAUGGUUAUCGAAGCAUUCCGACGAACUUUUACCUGGAUUUAACGCCACCAAUAACCAAUUAUUUUUCCUUAAUUUUGCACAAGUUUGGUGUGGAACCUCGCGACCGGAAGCUGCCAAAAAUCGACUAAAAACCGCCGUUCAUUCACCCGGAAGAUUUAGGGUUAUUGGAACUUUAAGAAAUUCUUACGAUUUUGCAGAAGCUUAUCAUUGUCAACCUGGAACUGCAAUGAAUCCAGUCGGAAAAUGUAGAGUGUGGUAGAAAAAUAUGAAAAUAUUUUAUUAUUUAUUUUUUAUAUUAAAUAA